UCGGUCGGUCGGUCGGUGCCUCAGCAGCAGGAGCAGCAGGACCCACAAUAAUAGCGCGCGCGGACAGUAGAAGCCGUCUUCGUCGUAGAAGAGGUCUUGUGGCCAACUGAACGUGUGUAGACAAAUAAGAGGCAGCAUAUAGCACCUCACAUUUCACUCGGUUAUGUUGGUGGGGCGAGUGACGGUGACCCAACAUCGACGCGGCAUUAAGACAGCACAGUAAGAAAGCGUGUGUAUGUGUGUGAAUGAAGAGGAUAGAAGUCAACUGAGAACGCUCGGACGAGAAAACGACAGCGAGCAAAAGGGAACUAAGAAACCGAGUGCAGCACAGGGGGGCUCGUACAACGGUUUUCCGGUUGCUGCUCUCUUCUUCCACGAGAGUACACAGAAGAAACAAGCACUCCAGUCAGUAACGAAGAGAUGCAACUCAGUUGGCUUUAAGCAGCGUUAUGCCGUGUUUGCCGUCCUCACUGCACACAGGUAGCCUGCUAAGAGGCACUGAACAGUGAACGACGCAGUUCAUGUUACUGCCGAAGAGGAGGAAAAGAUCGGAAUUAGCAAUUAGUGGUGUCAUAGAUGCAAUGACGGAACAGUGUAAGGAAGCGCAUUCAGUAUCGGGAAGUUAUCAAAAAAUAUGAGUUGACAGUGUUAUCACUGUGUGAGCAUGCGUCGUAAACGUAUUAGCAUUAUGGCGGUGCUGGUCUUGGCGACAAAGCGUUGCUGAGUAUUUCUUCCUUCGCGAGGAAAUGAUGAGUGAGUUGGCUUCUGGCCCUACUAGACCCCAAUCGGACAUUCUCCGCGAACGAAAACAAUAGUGGAAGCCAUAUCAACUACGAAAGUCCGCAAAAGAAAUUUCAUUAGCUACGCAUCGUUAUAGAGUAACUAUUUUGAAUGCACAACGUUCGUGGAGUGGCCAUACAUUGAAGUCCGAUCAGGUAUACCAGCAAUUCAAAACAAGCCGAAUGAUCCUGCAGCUCGAGCCUUCCGAAUAGCGGCCCCGAAGCGUAUGACUGUGGCUGUGUUUUUAUGCUUCUCUCAGAGAAUGCAUUAAGGAUCAUUUAAGAAAAGGAGGUCGUUAUUUUGCCGCGUAACUAUUUUUAGGCCAAGACUAACGUCGGACCGAUGAGGGCGUCUAAUUGGAUGGGAGGUUUUAGCAACUAACCGAAAUUGAAACUGAAAGCCCCUCGUUAAAGGCAACGGUGACUGAAGUUAUAGCGUUUGGUUCCGUGCGGGUCGCUAGCGCGUUUUCCGAGCGCUUCUCUUCUUGUCAUCAUGCCCCGCAAUGCGUAACUGGGAAGUUGCACAGCAGGCCACAGAUGCACUACCGAAGAACGUGCGUUUGAAAGUACCAUCACAAUGUAUCCAUUACAGUUGCGCUAGUACAAACCAUGGUUAUUAAUAUUUAUACCCGGAUACGUCACGCCUGAGUGAGAGUUACGACAUCUCUGUCUAUUUCUGAAAGAGGCCACGGUAGUUAGAAAAUCAGGAAUUGUAUCACUUCGACGAUCCGCCAAUUUCAUUAAUGCAAUUCAUCUCCCACACUUUACCCUGUGCCGCUGAUGGCUAAAACAGUUCUUCGUCUACUGCAUAAUUUGUCACACAAACAUAACUUUGCCUUUGGACAUUUCUGAGGUAACUCGCACGUUUCUUCGGUAAUAGAAAAUUUGUUUGCUUACUGACGUAACGGUCUGUAAGCUAGUCGGCAAAACUAUAAAAUUGUAAUAAUCAUGAAGAUGGUGAUAAUCAGAAGAAGAUCGUGUCUGCGUUAUGAUACAGUACAUAAAUAUGUGAGUAUUUUGUGAAAUAUUGUGUUCUCGUGUAACAACGUUCUAAGGAAUAGCUUAAAAAAUUAUCACCACGAGAGAACGCUUUGGUGAAAAUGUUUAAAUCUAUCUCGAUGUGCUUUAGGUUGUGAUUCGUAAACUAUUGACGGAGGAGUGCAGUAGAUGUAAGUGCAGAAUGGACACUUAGCAUUGCAUUUCUCUACUUUCGCAGUCCAUGGGAUUAGGUAACUCAAAGUGCUAGUUUGCUAAAUCAAGUGAAUCAAAGUGAAGCAACUUGACGGAGUGUUUAAGGUCGUUCGUAAAAUAAGCAUUGUUUAAAGGAGCGCAAGCAUGUCUAAUGGAUUAGAAGGACCUAUCAAAGAGUUUAUCCUUUUUGCCCCAACUACAAGAGCUGUACUGGAGAACCGACACUAAAAAACACCACUGGAACCGCUUUGGGAAUACAUGUUCGUGCCGCAAUAGAUCGAGUAUGCUUUAAUUUAACAAAUUGUUCUGAAUAAAUUUAAAGUAAACAACACUGUAACGCCGAUCAUAGCACCUCUCCCGGAAAGAGAAGCGGAAGAAUCUUAUAUAGGAGGCAAGUAUACCAUCAAGGAAAGGUCGUUAGCAAAAUGAGGUCACCAAGUUCUGUCCUGUCAGUGGUCAUCUUGCCACUGGUGGCUGGUUCUGUGUACGCCAGCUUCUUCAGCGACGUUAUCGAUCUUAAAGGUAGUUACAUAAAAUGCAGCCCGGAGCAGGAAGGGCGUGACGUGCCAAUCUCUAUGAUCUCCAAGGAUAAUCCCUGUAUACACUGUAAAUGCCAGAAACGUGUAGUAGAAUGUCGGCGGGAGACCUGCGAGUUACCGAAGGGAUGUUACUUCCUCGAUAAGACAACCGGAGCUUCUAGUGACAUCAGUGACAGCACCAGUAAGAAGAAGACCUGUUGCCAUCAAUGUAAAGGCUGUGUAUUAAACGGUACAGCGUACAAUUCCCCCUCUACGUGGACAGAGCCUGGAGAUCCUUGCCUAAGAUACACCUGCCAGUCCGGAAUCGUAACGAAGUCUCGUGAAGUCUGCCACGUUCCGUGCCAAAAUCCCUUAAGUCCAAAAACUGGCCACUGUUGCCCUUCAUGCAAAGGCUGCUUGCUAAAUGGAAUAAACUAUGCCGGAGGAGAGAUAUUUGAGGCUCCAAACGAUCCUUGCCUAAAAUGUAUAUGUCAGGAAGGCAGCAUAACUUGCCAACGGGAAGCUUGCCCCGUCAUGGCAUGCCCCUUUUCCAGACAAAUGGUUACUGCUAAAGCCUGCUGCCCUACCUGUAGAGGUACGAAAUCACUAGUGGGGUCCCCACUUGGUGGCCGAUGCAUGAUCGGCACUGAAGUUUUUGACGAUGGGACUGCUUGGCCUCUCGACCAAUGCACCUCGUGUUCGUGUACUAAUGGUACUUCCGUCUGCCACCGGAUCGUUUGUCCUCGGCUCGAAUGUCCCCCGGAGCAUCAGACGCAUUCAGGUGAUACCUGUUGUCCCAGGUGCCGAAGUCCCGCCCUCCAAGAAAAACGGGAAAAGAAUCCUUUGCAGCAGUGCACACACAAUGGAAGACUCUAUAUGGAUGGCGACACGUGGAAGGCAGGUCGCUGCAAAGAGUGCCGUUGUCAGAGCGGAGCUGCUUGGUGCGCGCCGAAGCAAUGUCCGCCAUCUCCGAAGUGCCCUCCUAAACAUAGGCUUGUUUUGGCCAACCCAGGCGACUGUUGUCCGUCGUGUGUGGAGAGCGAUGGCGUAUGCGCGGUCUUUGGUGAUCCUCACUACCGAACAUUUGACGGCGUUAUGUACAGUUUUCAGGGUCAAUGCCGAUACAUGCUAGUAACUGACGACUGUCUUCGUCUAAAUGAAAGUAGCUUGGUAGUUCAUGGGUCAAGUGGAUUGACCUCUUCAGCAGUAUCAGGGAGAAGUACGUUCAGUGUGCAGGUUUUCAACGAUCCUCGUAGAUCAAAGCAUUAUUCGUGGACACGCGGGCUACUCAUUCGUGUUGAUAAGCACAAGAUUCGUUUAGGUCAAAUGAUAAAGGUGAAGAUUUUGGAGAAGCGUGUGAAGCUUCCCUACGUCGCGCUAGGUGAUGUCACUAUCUUCGCAGAAGGAACGAAUAUCGUUGUUAGGCUUCGCAAGAAAGGGAUCAAGUUGCUUUGGAAUGGGGACAAUUAUGUUGAAGUGUCAGCAUCGCCCAGUCUGAAGGGUUCCCUAUGCGGACUUUGCGGAAAUUUCAAUGAUAAGCAAGAUGAUGAGUACACUACAAAGCGUGGAGUCGUCGCUCAGAAUGUCAAUGACUUUGGAUCAUCUUGGAAGGUUGGGCAUCGUAAAAACUGUCUGCAACCCGUUCCGCAUUCAGCGUGCAAAGACGAGGACAGGAUUAAACGGCGAAGGAACGUUACAAUAUGCGGCAAAUUGAAAGGAGGGCCAUUUAAACCUUGUCACAAGCAUGUCAAUGCUGUCCCAUACAUACGGGCGUGCCAACUGGAUAUGUGCAGCUGUGGUGCCGAAAAUGGUCGCUGUUACUGUUCUGCAAUGGAGGCUUACGCCCGCGAAUGCGCCCGGGCAAACAUUACACUCGCCCCACUGGCAGGUCCAAGCGUUAAAAGUGUCAGCGGCACUUGGCAGGAGCAGACAGGAUGCCAGCAUCACUGGUGUCCCGCCCAUUCAACAUGGACGCCAUGUGGCGGUGUUUGCCGAAAAACUUGUAGAAACCAUGUAAGGCAAUCUGCGCCUCAAUGCAACAAAAAGUGUGUGGCCGGGUGUCAAUGUAAUCCAGGACGAAUUUGGCAGGACAACCGCUGCGUAAAGCCAAAUGAAUGUUUGCGUCGUCUAGGCGCUGUUUGUAGGCAGCCCCAGGAACUGCAACAGCCCUCGAACCUUAACGUGAUAAAGGAUGCGACACAAGUCCGUAUUUGCCAGUGAUACUCGGCUGAGAGUUACCGAACCGAUUCUCUUAAAAGGAAGUAUAUAAUACGACUAUCCAACUACACCGAAAGCAACGUUACAAAAGCACACGCAACUGCUCGGGCUGCAAACUCCGACAGAACUAAGUGAUACAGAUUUAGAAAUUUCUAAUAGAUUAUUAAUAGUGUAAUACAUAUUACGUUA